CAGCGCCGUUAAAAGACCCGUCUGCCAUUUUCAUCAUGGGAUGCUUGUUGACACAGAUAAUCGUGGCUCUUGUUGAUGUUGAGGAGCGUUGAGACGAUUCGAUGGAUUUCAAUGCUGUCUUUGAUGUUGAGUCUCGGCUGCUGUUGCAGAGAAUUUUAUGCGUGAUGGGAAAUUUUACUUCUACGACCAGGCCUUAUUGAAGCAGAACAAUUGUGUUAAACCAGAGGCAUUUGUUGCGACUGAGUAAGCUUGGCGUUUGGAUACUGGCUUAUUAAUUGCAGUUCCGGGAUAUUGACGGCUGUGAUUAAUGUAAUGUGCAUGAUACCGUCUGAAGAUAAGACUGCAGACGCACAUUUGUACUGGGGUCAUUAAGGUCUUUUUGUGAGAUGUCCGUUGGUGGACAGAAUGUCUCCAUUAAUAAGUCCAUAACAACAUUUUGGAGGUAGGCUACGCAUCGUUUAUUUAUGUGACAUAAAGACCUUUGGUGGCUGCUGGAAACCGCUGCUCUUCGUAAACAUUGCAAUGCUUUUUGUGCGGUUUCCUUGAUAGCACUGAUUCGUAUUCCUAGCAAGACUCGUUAUCUGACUCGGAGCUCGCCGUUACCGUGUAGCGCGCUCGCCAACAUGCCUACUUCACGCACGGGCGCCAGUGCGGUGGAGUUCUGGGUGGACGGAUCGCGUCGCGAUGUCGCGGUGGAGGACUUCUACACAGUGGGGGCCGAACUGGGAAGGGGCGCCACGUCGGUUGUGUACCGCUGUGAGGAGAAGGAGACGCAGAAGCCUUUUGCUGCCAAAGUGCUGAAGAAAACGAUCGACAAGAAGAUAGUGAGAACUGAGAUCGGGGUUCUGCUGAGGCUUUCACACCCAAAUAUUAUCCGCCUGAAGGAGAUCUUUGAGACUGAGACUGAGAUCUCUUUAAUCCUGGAGCUGGUCACUGGAGGAGAGCUCUUCGAUAGGAUCGUGGAGAGGGGCUACUACAGUGAGAGAGACGCCGCUCAUGUCAUCAAACAGAUCCUGGAGGCCGUCGCGUACUUGCAUAAGAAUGGAGUGGUGCACAGAGAUCUUAAACCAGAGAACCUCCUCUACGCUGACAUGUCCUUGAACGCUCCGCUCAAGAUAGCGGACUUUGGCCUCUCCAAGAUCAUCGACGAGCAGGUGACCAUGAAAACAGUGUGUGGGACUCCUGGCUACUGUGCUCCAGAGAUCCUCCGCGGUAACGCGUAUGGACCGGAGGUGGACAUGUGGUCUGUGGGAGUCAUUCUCUACAUCCUGCUGUGUGGGUUCGAACCAUUCUUCGACCCGCGGGGGGAUCAGUACAUGUACAGCCGCAUCCUCAACUGUGACUAUGAGUUUGUCUCCCCCUGGUGGGACGAGGUGUCUCUGAACGCUAAGGACCUGGUGGGUAAGCUGAUCGUGCAGGACCCUCAUAAGCGGCUGACGGUGGAGCAGGCGCUGCAGCACCCCUGGGUGCAGGGCAAGGCCGCCCGCUUCUCCCACAUGGACACCACCCAGAGGAAGCUGCAGGAGUUCAACGCCCGCCGCAAGCUCAAGGCUGCCAUGAAGGCGGUGGUGGCCACUAGCCGUAUGCACGAGGGCUCUCGGCGGCGGACGGACAGCUGUGAGAUGCCCGCUGGCGACAAGACGUCGCGCCAGAGCAGCAUGCAGACGGAGCCGGUGCCCGAGAGCCAGAGCGACCCGGACGCCAGCGAGACCACCAUGCCAACCACGCCCACCACGCCCAGCCCCGGCACCGCAGCAGACCAACCGGAGCCGUCCACGCCCGCACCUGUGCCCCUCAAGCAGACCUCCGUCAUCCCCAAGACUGGCGCGUACCCGCCGCGACUGCCCAUGAAGAGCUGCUCUGUGGUGGGCACCUCUGCGGUGGGCACCGGGGAGAAGCGAAAGUGA